AUGAUAUCGUCCACGUUUGGCCCAAGUUUGACUCGAAGAGAUACCGCGAAAUCAAGUGUUGGACAAGAAAGUACACAUGGGACUAUCCCCCCCCCUCUGACUAGUGGAGGAGGCACACUCGGACCACAAAGCGCUGGCGCAAUAUAUCAGCACAUCCAUGAUAUGGCAACGAAACGGAUAUCUACUUUGGACUAUCUUCGGAAAGCUCAUGAGGGGCGCGUAUACUGGUUUAACACAGUUCACUUUUCCCGGGCGGACCUGGGACGCAUGUCUUAUUUCGACCCUCGGAAGCUGUCUCGUCGUGCAGUCAACUACCUUUUACUGGGUUUGUCAUUGCCGCCGAUUUUGGACAUCAGUUCAACGCCUUCCGAAUUUCUGCGCGCCCUAAAUGCGCUACUACUGGAAUUUGAAGCCUUCCAGCAAGUACACCCACCUGACGGGAGUUCGUCAUCAACGCUAGCCAGAGCGCGUAUUCCACAGAUGUUCAAACGAGCAGCACACGCAGGGACGAAAGUCAGAAGAACUAGCUCGGCAACAGAGAUUGGGCUCCCCAUGCAAUCCAGCGAUCCUUCUGAUUUGAAAGCAAUGGCAGGGAAUAUCACACCAUCUGCGACAACGGCUGCGGCUGUCAGCUCAUUUCCUCAGGCAGAGUCAUCUGAACUCCUUCCAGGGGAAGAAUAUUCUUAUCUUUUAACGCCAUCACUCCCCUUCGAGCCAGAUUUCUUCGAAACUUUUGCUACCCUGUGUGAUGUUUUGAUUGAUUGCUACACUCGAUUGAUUUCUCUGGUAUCAACUCCUUCAGUAUGCACUGUCUCCCUAGGGGAAAUGUUCUCCAAAGCGGAUACAAAACUUCGAAAGAUCAUGGUGGCCGGUGUGGUGCGAGAAUUCGAAGACGCCAGUCGCAGUAGUGCCAGAAAUGAGGUGACUGGUGUCAGUCGUGUAGUUUUGGGUGGUCUUCUCGGCUGA